AUGAGUUCAUUCAAUAGAUCGGAAAGACGAAAAUCAGUAGCAGAAAGAAGACCUAGUGUGCCAUAUAUUGCUCCUGUUAUCCCACAUUUAGCAGGGUUAGAAAAGCCGCAAGAACACAGCUUGAAAAUGGACCAUUGUGACGUGUUGAUUAUGGGUACAGGUUUGGUGGAGAGUAUAUUGGCAGCGGCAUUAUCGUGGCAAGGUGUUGAAAUAUUGCAUAUCGAUAAUAAACAUCACUAUGGUGAUCUGACUUCGACAUUAACGAUAGAUCAAUUGAAGAAAUGGUGUAUGGAAGUUAAUCAAGGGAAGAUUCAACAUUUCCAAGAUGCACAAUUUUAUAUGCCUGGAGGAAAACUCAAAGAUCAAUUCCACAGUAAGGAUUAUGGUAUUGACUUGACUCCUAAGAUUAUGUUUGCCCAAUCAGACUUGUUAUCCCUCUUAAUAAAAUCCCGGGUUUAUAAGUACUUGGAAUUUCAAAGUUUAAGUAACUUUCAUGUUUUCGAAAACGAUAACUUUAAUAAGAAACUUUCAAAUACUACAAAAGAAGAUAUCUUCACAGAUCAGUCGUUAUCUUUGGUGACCAAGAGAUAUCUUAUGAAAUUUUUAAAGUUUGUUUUACAAGAUAAUAAUGAUGAGAAUAAGAAAAGCAUUAUACACGAUAAUACUAACGUUCCGAUUGGUGAGUUUUUAACUAAGAAUUUCAAUCUUGCAACACCUCAAAUUAAUGAGUUAGUUUAUUCGAUUGGAUUAUGCACUAAGACAUCAACGAAAACACCAGAGGCGUUGACUAGAAUUAAGAGAUUUUUGGUCUCAUUUGAUGUUUAUGGUAAUUUUCCGGUGAUGGUCCUGAAAUAUGGUGGUCCCGGUGAAAUCUCACAAGGAUUUUGUCGUAGUGCUGCAGUUGCUGGUACAACUUAUAAGCUAAACACUACUUUAGUUGAUUAUGAUCCGCAGCUGAAAAUUGCAAAGUUCAAUGAUGGUAGUAAUAUCAAAAUAAACGAAAAGGUGAUUGUAUCACCAACUCAAAUGCCGAAGUUUUUGCAGAAAAGUUAUAAUGAAAUAACAGAAAACUUAAAGCCUUAUAAUGUGACGAGAUUAGUUACUAUUGUGAAAAAUGAUUGCAAGGAGUGGAUGUCAGAACAAGAAACCUCAGCAAUUGUUGUAUUCCCUCCUAACUCUUUACCAUCAAACAAUCAACAAAGUGUUCAAGUUAUAAUACAGAAUGGAGGUUCUGGUGUAUGUCCUGAAGGACAAGCGGUUUGGUUCUCUCAUAGUAACGAGCAGGACUUGAAUAAAGCAAAGCAAGACUUGGAAUGUGCCCAUGAAAAGAUGGAGUCGGCUAUAUUGCGUGAAUCGUCUAAUAAUUUAGAUGAAGUUUUAGAUGAUAAGGAUUUCGUCUUAAGUGCUCAAGGUACCCCUGUAUUGGUCAAUUCCUUUAAAUUAGGGGAGUCGUUGCAAAACUUCGUUCCUCAAGAGAAAUUAGAAAUUGUUUGCAAGCUUGGGUAUGUCCAAAAGACUUUUGUAAAGCCUGACUUAUCCAAUGUCAUAGCGCCAAACCCAGAGAAUAAUGUUUCCGCUACCACCAUCAGAGAUGCGGAAGACAUCAUUUUCUCAAACAUGCCAUCAUCUGAAAUCAGUUACGAUGGAAUUGUUGGCGAAUGUAAACUGAUUUUCUCUAGAAUUACAGGUUCUGAUGAGGACUUCUUCGAUGUCGAUUUCGAAGACGAAGACGACGAUUACAACAACCGUCAAGCACCAAGCACCAAUUCCAAAACUGCUCAAGGUGCCAGCACAACCAGCAACAUGGAUUCACCUAUGUUGGACAGUGUGCUUGAUAGUGAUGAAGGUCAUCAUGAACCAUUCGGUGCCGACGAAAUGGAAUUAUGA